AUGGGCUUUUACGCGCUCUUUCUUUUCGGCAGCAACUUCCUCGCCCCUGUCAUUGCCGGGUUCAUCAAUGAUGGUCAAGGAUGGGAAUGGGUCUUGCACUGGUGCGCUAUCUUCUGUGGUAUUGGCUUUCUUAUUUGCUUCUUCUUUAUGGAAGAGACCAAUUAUCAGCGCGUGACGGUGCUGAAUGCCGAGAUCUUUGCUGGUGACGGAACGGAGUCGUCAGCUGAAAAGGGAGCCAAGACUCAAUCCGAUACCGACAAUGUUGCCCCAAUCCAGCCAGAUGCCGAUGAAACUUCAAAGACACCGUCUCCAAAGACAUUCAUGGACAAGAUCAAGAUGUUCCGCAAGCAGGAUAUGAAUCUCCAGUUGUCACUUAAGACGAUGGCAAUUCGCCCAUUCCUCUUCUUUUCUUUUCCGGUCAUCGUGUUCUCUGGAUUUUUGUACGGAGCUAUCCUCUGUUACUUCAACGUCCUCAACGGCACUGCGUCUCUCAUCUUGUCCAGCCCACCCUACAACUUCCGAGCCAGCAUUGUGGGUCUUUCGUAUAUCUCCUGCCUGAUAGGAGUUGCAAUUGGAACGUUGUAUUCAGGUCAUCUUGGCGAUGCAUUCAUCCUUUGGAAAGCCCGACAUAACAAGGGUGUCAUGGAGCCUGAGUUCCGCCUCUGGCUCUUCUGCGCACUGAUGGUGGUCAUCCCCGGCUCCCUGCUCCUGUGGGGAGUUGGUGCGGCCCACAAGGUGCACUGGUUCGGCUUGGUGUUUGCAAUGGGGGCCUUGAGCGGAGGUGUAACCGCCGGGAGUCAACUUGCCAUCACAUACUGCAUCGAUAGCUACAAGGAACUCGGUGCCGAUGCAAUCGUUACAGUUAUUCUUAUCAGGAACACCAUGAGCUUCGCGGUGUCGUACGGGUACGUAACUAAUAACCUCGGUAUCGCCUUGGCGACCUGA